CACGAAAAGCUUCCACACCUACAUCAGCAGAGAAGAGAAAACGAGAAAAACUCUCUUCGGGAUUGAAUUUGUCAGAGGAAGAAGCGAAAAUGCUUGAUCUUGCCAUAUCGGGUGGUAUUAGCAACACAUCACCAUCUGGUAAUCCAGUUACACCAACAAAAAAGAGAAAAUCAGAAUCAACUAGCGAAAGAGCCUUGUUGGAAAGAAAGAUGGUAGAGACUGCCAAUGAAUUAACCUCUCCAACAGCUUUAUCUUCUCCAUCUUCUUCGGAGAAACGAGUUUUCAAAACCCCAACCCGAUUGAACAAAAAAGUUGAGACUCCCUCCAGUAGUACUUCAUCUAGUAGCACCACCACUGCUUCUGCAAAAUCUUCUCCAAAAUCUUCUCCUCGUACUACACCAACUAAAACAACAACUCCAACAAGAACCACUUCAACUCCAACCACUCCAUCAUUUAGUAGUGAUGGAUUUUAUAGUGAGGAGCAAACUAGAGGUGGUGAGGAUACAAAUCAAUUGAAUGCUGUAGCACUGUUUGUGGAAAAUGCUGCAGAUUUUCAAUUUUCAGAUACUCAUGUAGCUUUUUUAAAGCUCAGACAGGAAAUUCAAAACUCAAUUCUGAGUUGUAAACAUUUGAUGAAAUUUAUUUUUCCUCCAAUAAUUUUAAAGCAUUUACUUUACAAUGAAAAUGUAAUUAGUGGACAAACACCAACUCAAAUAGAACAAACUAUUAAUCAAAUGAUUGAUACAAAUGAAAUAAGAAAAUUCUACAUUGACAGAAGUAUUUACAGAGAUAUAUUUGGAUUUGUUUUUAUGGAGGAUUAUAUUAAAACUAUGUGGAUUCAACACGAGACCUAUAUUAAUAAUUUAGAAAAUACUUUGAACGAAGAGGAUAAAUCAAGAUUACCAGUAUUUCAGGAGGAAAGAAAGAAAGAAAUUAAAAAAUUGCUCAGUGCUUCUAGAAUUAAUGAACUGAAAGAUAUUGUCAAGAAAUUCUGUGAGCUUGUAUUACCAAUGAUAAAAGAACCUUUCAUUGAGAAGAGAGAUUUAAUCGAUUUACUUUUCGAAGAAAAUGAUUCAAAGCAAAUCACUCAUGAUGAAGCCAUAACACACCUCAUGUCACUAGGUGCCCUAACUAUAAGAGAUAUUGAAAGUUUCUUCUUCUCCAUACCAAACCUCUCUCAAUUCAUGUAUUAUCUACACAAUGGAAGAAAAGAAAUAUUGAAUGUAUUGAGGAGAAAGCAAUUCAAAGAAAUAAUGGUAAACACCUUGCUUCAAAAAAAUAUUAGAAAUACCAUCUUCAAUCCAAUGUUUCACAUAAGGGAUAUGAUUGGGGACGGAGAUGUCACCGUAAUCGACAUCAAUGGACAAGCUAUGCUAAGGCUAAAAUAG